GCUCAGCAUUGUUUAAUCGUUCAUAAAAAAAAACUUACAUACAAAGUUGUCGCACUCAUCCAGUCAUCGGAUGCACCUCCGUGGCGCGGCACAGUAUUGCAUCGCACUGUCAUGGUUUCACUCAACGCAUUUAUUUGUACCCUUCUUUACUCAUCCUGCUUCGUUCUCAGUUGGGACCUCUCGCCCUUGGGCAUCCAUAAUUUCACCAUCAAACACGUGUCGUUGUACAAAUCGCGUGCCUUCAUUACAAUCGAAGGUUCCAAUGUGAGUCUGGUGGAGGCUUCGUGGCCGGAGAACAAACUGGGAACCCGACCUCGCGUUUUGUGUGAACAUGACCCGAACGAGCUGCGCGAGUGUUGCGAUCAGUUGAACCAUGUGAUCUACACGGAUAUCGAUUCCGGUGCACGACUGUGGAUUUUGGAUCGUGGUGAUCGCGAAGGGUUCUGCAGCCCGAAAUUGAUCGUUCGUAGUUUGAUGCUAGUGACCAACAAGGAAAUUCGGUAUGAGUUUGGCACAUCGAGCAAUACGUUCCACUCGGUAGUGGUCGAUCCGAUCAAGGCAUCUGAUGGGGACACCCGCGCGUUUGUGACUAUGCUGGAUACCGACUAUCUUUUGCUAUUCUCGCUUUUCAAGCAGACUUUUGGGAAACUUAAAUUUGAAAGAAAAGAUCUGUCCCCAAUAAGUCCCAUUUCGCUUUCGGAGAUCGCUAUCAACCAGAAUCACCUGUACAUCUCGGACGGUCUAACUGGCCGAUUAUUUCUUCUGCCGGUGAAAACCAUUCGGCAAUUGUCGUUCCCCGAGGAUGAAGUGCAAAAGAUGGUACUGAAAACCAGUGUAACUUAUCUGGGCCGGUUGCUAGGUCGUGCCAAAGGAUUGAAGUUAGAUCUUUGGGACAAUCUGUACUACAUCAUCCCCCGGGACGGAGCGAUCGUCAAAUGGAAGCCGUGUCACACUUUGAAAGCGGAGAAUCAUUUGGUGAUUUUUCAACGGGAAAUCAACGUCAGUCAAAUAAUUUUGGGCGUGGGGAACAAGGCUUGGGUCAUUGCAAGUGAGUUUGCUUCUGACGAGAGCAAGCGACACUGUUUGAGAAUCAAUAAAUGACCAGUUUUGUGUAAUUGUA